AUGAGAACAUCUUCACGCCCAUUUGUCAGGGGACGCCGCGCUCCUUGGGCACGUGACCAUGCACGUGACCCACUGCGCCCUCUCUGCCGACCCGUGCCUGCUCACCUGUUGAUCACCCAGCCUCCUCCUCCUCCUUCGAUCCUCAUCUCCAUCCAUGCCGACAUCCGCCCUCUUCCUCCUUCCCCUGGCCAUCUCCCUCGAAUCCCCGCAAGCGGUCUAGCCAAGCCCGAUUCCUUGCACCAGGGAGUGCUACUGCCAUGCCUUGCGCUCAUCCGCACCACCCCUCUUCCCAGUCGGGCAUUGGUCCUCGCCUCCGAUGCCUCCACUGGCUGGCCCGGCACUGGCCUGGCCACUGGGCUCCUCCAGUGUGGCCUUCCACUGUUGGUGUCUCAGGAGCUGGCCGUCACUGGCCCCUCUGAGCCACUCACUAUCUUAUCUGGGAGUUGCCCUUACACCAUUGGCCUAGUCAAUGAGGACAUCGACCCUAGAGAGGGGGUAAUGUCAUAG